AUGCGGUAUACAGAAUCUGAGCUCGAUGCAGCUGCCUAUGAAUUGAUGACUGCUGGAAACAGCAGUUAUCAAUUUAAAAGAGCAAACAUGCAGCUUCCUAGUUCAAAAACAAUAAAACGACAUAUCGCAAGGCACACUACAGAAACUCAAGAAGGAGUCUUAAUGGUGAUGCCCCUGCUUAAGUAUCUAAAUGCGCACAACUAUCCAUUAGUAGUAGCUUUGAGUGAAGAUGGAACAACCCUUUCACCAAACCCGGAAUAUGAUUCAAGAAAUGAUGCAAUUCGUGGCCUAGUGGCUCCUUUAAACAAGUUUGGUAUGCCUGAACAAGAUGUUUUCAAAGCCAGUUCAAUCAAAAAGAUCAUAAACGAUCUUGAUCGUUUUUCUGUUGGUGAAUACUUAUAUGUUGUAUUAGCAACACCAAUGGCUGUCGGAGCAUCGCCAUUUUGCGUGCUGUACACGUGCAGUGAUAACAGAUUUACACAUGACCAAGUUAUGUCGAGGUGGGCAUUUAUAGAAACUGAAUUGCUGAAAGUUGGCAUAACCGUUGGCAUGCGACAAAGAACAAAAAUACCAAAUGGAUGUCCAAGCGAAUCAUACGGCCUUCACUUUGUCAUAGAUAUGGAUGAUAAACCAAUCUGCAUUCAGGAUAGUAUUCACCUAGUCAACAAAUUUCGUCAUACCUUGUUAGACCCCAAAAAACAAAUGCGUUUAGGUGACUAUGUAAUUUCGUCUGCAGUCCUCAAACAAAUGAUGGAAAACGGACAAAAAGUUAUACACAAACUAAAUCCUUCUGAUUUGAAUGCGGCGGACCGAAUGAAAUUUGAUCCGUCAAUGAAACUUAUGUCGUUGAAUCUAAUUGAUCAUUUAACCACAGUGGUACCUGGCAGUAUCGGAACAGCUACAUAUUUACGAAUAAUGCGUAAUGCUUAUUUAGCAUUUAACGAUCAACAAAUGUCUCCUACAGAACGCAUAACUUCAAUAUGGUUUGUUACAAAAUGAUGAUACCCAGUAUGACACAAAUAUGUUUCAACUAACUUCUUUCUACAGGACUACCUUAUUAUUUGUUCGUGCAUGGCGACGAAUUUGCUUAAAGCAUCA